AUUUUGGAGAUAUAGAUGAUAAUUCAUGAAUUUCGACGUAUGCCAAGUUCGCCCUGAAAUUAAUUACAACCCUGACAAAAUACGAUCUCGUUAAUAGCGGAUUUAUUUUUCUUCGUCGACGAACAAGCGGUCGGCCGCCGUCCGCCUCUGUCAGCCCUGCGUGGUUGUUCUUUGGCAAGUAGUGAAGUAGGUUCGAAUCCUAGGCCUUUUUCUACUCCCAAAAUCCGGAAAGUUGAACCGCGAUGAAAACAGGCAAAUCUCCAGACCGCAAAACCAUGAAUUCUAAAAAUUGCGUUCAAAAGACAGGAAGCGUUGGAGUAAGAAAAUCGUCAAGGAGAACUAAUAAGUCGAUUCACGAAACACAUGGAUGUGGUGUUAAUGUGUUGGUUGAAAACGAAGUUCAGUGCUUGCCUUUUAAGGAAGCUGGGGGAAUGGGCAUUGAAAUAUCUUCCAAAGAUCCAUUUCUUAUGGAAAAGAGAAAAGCUCUUGAACUUCAUCCUGAAGAAAAGAACAUUUCUUCUGCAAAGAUGAAGUUACAACUUUUUCCAAUAAAUAAAGGCACACAAAUAGGAUUGGAAAAGGGUGGACACAAUCCUUAUUUGGAGCUCACUCUUGGUGGUCAGAAGAAAAUUUCUUCAGUGCUGAAACACCUUAAAAAGAAGUGGGGAAGUUCGAUAGUAGCUAUAGGGGAGCCCAUGCUUUUUCCAUACAACAUAAAGGAAAACCUGUCUAACAGUAGAAGAUGGACAUUAGAUGAUAGUGAAAUAACAGCAGCAGCAGUUCAUGCUGCUGUUGGAAGCCCUGCAAUCUUUCGUUUGAGGUAUGGUUGGUUCUCCAUCAAUGAUCCGAGAUCUAUGGCUGAGCUUUCAGUAUCAUUUUCCCUUGAGGCUGGCGUACGGUCUGAAGGUACAGAGGGAGGUGGUGUCACUAAUUCCAAGACUUUGAAUGACGAUCAUAACGAGGCAGAUGCAGAGUACAAAGCAACCGAUAUGGGUGAGGCAGCAAAUUCCGUUGGGGCUCAUAAAGUGGACACUGGAUCAGGUUUAUCCCUGGAUAAUGAACCAAUAAGUAGUGUGCCGGAACAACCGUCAUUACUGUGGGUUGAUGGUCUAUCGAAUAUAAGCAUUGGAGGACUGCUUUCUGAAGCAUCCUUACAGGGCAAUUUAAGCGCCUUAGAUUCAAAACAAAAUGGCAGCAAUGCAGGCAUGCAACCAGGUCAAAUAAUCUCUGAUUCAUUGGAUGCUUUUAUUAUUUCCCAAAAUAGUCAUCCUAAGGCAUCCAGUGAAGACUUCCGCCCGUCUAUAUUGGAUGCUGAAGAAACGUGUCACGCAUUUUCUCUUCGAAAGUUCUCUUCCCCAGGAACUCAUGUGCAGUCUUCAACUGGGAAGACUUGUUCUGGACCCAGCAGCCUGGAUAUUUCUAACUCAUUCAAGUUGCCAGAGGCAGAAAAGGUUAAUGAUAAUCAAGAUGGACCGCCCCAAGAUUUUGCCUCCGGAAGGAAUCAGACAGACCUGCUGCUUUCACGUACAUACGAUGAAGAAAGAAGUCUUGGAUUAGGAGGCAUCAAUUGGUGCGACUCUUUGGGGCCUUUUGAUCUUGGUAUGCCCGCUCAGAAGUUAACUGGAGGAGACAGUGUUAGCAUCGGCGGAUUUGUUAGAUAGUGGCUCGGAUGCAUAUGUUGUUGGAGAACAAUUAGCUUUACCGUCUCGAAGAGGAUUGAUGGAUAGUGAAGGAAAUGUACAUGAUAGAAACAAUAGCUGUAAAGAGGAGGGAUAAAACAAGAGGCCUGAUAUGAACUGAGUAAUUUGUCGUAUACAAACUAGACUAUCAACACAGCCUGUCCAUUAAAUGCUCGGGCACAAUUAUUUUUUA